GUAAUCAUCUAAUAUGAGGAUUUCUAGUCUGCAGACAGGAAUAUGUCGCAAAAACUGCACGCAGGAGCAACAUGCAUCAAUGAAUAUCGAAUAGGGAAGACCACAUGAAAAAGGAGUUCUUUAGGCACCUAAUUAUGUGAACCACAUUAAAAACUAAGAUGACUAUCCUAUCAAUAUGGGAAACACUUUAAUGGUGAUAUUUUCAACAAUUAUUUUUAGAGGAAGUCUGAUACUAAACGCGUGGUGAUGAGUCCUGACAUUUCGCCAGGAAUUGGAGUGCGUUGCGUCCAUGAAUUUCACAUAAUGAAUGUGUAAAUGUUAAAAAAAAAUGUGUAUGAUUGACAAUUUUUUUCCGGAAGUGCAGUUACCAUUGUUUAUAUUUCGAAAGUCAGACUGCUUGAUUGAAAUUUAAACAUAUCUACAUGAUACUGCAUAUUUGUAAAUAUUACUGAAAGACCUGUAGACAUAUUUAUUCCGGGGAUAUUCCAAGUUGUUACGUAAAUUAUAGAACCGACAUCGGUGGUUUCUUAAGUUCAUCGUCGGGGAAGAAAAAUUCAUUCGAUACUGAGAAAAAAUAAGAUAGUUUUCAUUUGAUAAAGACAAUCAUAUUGGCCCCAGAAACAUCCUCGGGAUAUUUAAUUGGAAACCUGCUGAAGUCAAAGAUUUUUGCCAAGAAAAAUAAAAGUUUAUUAAACGAGCCUCAGCACCGACAAUUUUCGAAGAAUUGUCUGACGUUGGAACUAAUUACUGUAAAUGACCAUGCAAGUGCAGGGACUGUUAGUACUGCUGUAUUUUUAUCUCAUGUUUCCGGUUAAUAGUAUUGGCCUGUGGUGGGCGGUAGGUAGUCCCUUGGUAAUGGACCCAAACAGCAUAUGUCGAAAAAGUCGAAGAUUAGCAGGGAAACAAAGAGAAAUUUGUCGAAAAGAAAUUGAAAUCGUAGAAGAAGUAGCAAAUGGGGCCAAGCUAGCGCUGGGCGAAUGCCAAUACCAGUUCAGAAACAGAAAAUGGAAUUGUACGACAUCUAGAAGAAUGCUUUCAAGAGUUCUAAAAACAGAUACCAGAGAAUCAGCAUUUGUUUAUGCAAUAACGGCAGCCGGAGUCACAUUUGCCGUUACGGAGGCCUGUGCAAUGGGCAAACUCAUGCAAUGCUCUUGUGAUAAUAAAGUUCAAGACAUUAAUACUGACGGCGACUGGGUUUGGGGAGGUUGUAAUGAUAAUGUAGACUUUGGGUAUCGCAAAUCCAAAGACUUCAUGGACGCUCGUAAGCGAAAACGUCGAGGGGACUUGACAACAAGGAUACAGUUACACAACAACGAAGCCGGCAGACUGGCUGUUAAAAAAUAUACAAGGGAUGUGUGUAAAUGCCACGGGUUGUCUGGUUCGUGUGCACUGAAGACUUGUUGGCGGAAAAUGCCACCGUUUCGAAGUGUUGGUGAUAGACUUAAAGAGGAAUUUGAUGGUGCAAUUCAAGUUGAAAUCUCUAACGAUGGCAAAGCCCUGGAAACUAAAUCUAAAACAAUUAAACCUCCUUCUCCCGAAGACCUUGUUUACUCGGAGAAUGCCCCGGAUACACGGUUUUGUCGUAAAAACAGGAAGUGGGGCUCUUUAGGAACUAAAGGACGAAUUUGCGAUCCAAAGUCAAUGGAAGUAGGAGGAUGUGACCUCCUUUGUUGCAAUCGAGGAUACAAAACAGAAAAAGUGACCCUGAAAGGAAAUUGCAAGUGUAGAUUUAUCUGGUGUUGUGAUGUGCAAUGUGAAACAUGCGUACAGGAAAAGACUAUACACAGAUGUCUAUAGCUCUCCUAUGUUUGAAGGAGCGUUUGUUAUUUUAUUAUGGAGGCCAUUUUACAUGCCAAAAACAAAGAAAAUUGGGGGAUUCUUUUCAAUUAGCUUUGAAUGAAAGUGUUAAGUGUAAAUGAACCAGUGUAAUUUUUUUUGGAAAAGUUGCAAACAUAAUAAAUUGCAGUAUUUGAAAUAUAUUCAUUGCAAAGUUGUAAAACUAGAGAGAUAACUUCUAUAUACAUUUAUACCCAUUGCAGUGUUUGCACAUUCACUUCGCGGCCGUAUAGUAUUUAUGAUCACUGUAAACAUUUCUUUUUCUCCAUUAAGAUACUGUAUAUGUACAUAUGUGCAUUAUAGAAUAGAAAUUGGUUAAAAUAAGCUUCAAUUAGAUGUAUUGAAAAUAUUUCAAGAACUGGCAGAUUAUUUUGUCAGUUUUAGGGGGUUAUGUUUGGAAAUUGUAAAUAUAUUUAUUUACUGUUUUAUUUACAUAUCAUAACAUUAUAUUGUUUGUUGCUUGAGAAGUAUAUAGGGUACAAACAUGAAUAUAAAGACAGCUUCCCUUAUGUCACGUAUAUUUAAACGUUUGUUACUUUAUCAUACGUAAGAUAGGGGCGUGUCUUGUAUAGUGUAUUUCUACUUUUUAUCAAAACGUAUUUAACGUUUUUUCCCCUUUUUUUUCCCUAAGAUCUAUUUUUAAUGAACUUGAUGAAGAAUUAAAAAAAAAAAGAGAGGGAGUUUCUUCCUUGCAAGACAAAAAAAGAUUAAUUUGAAGCAAUUUAGAUUUUUUUUAAAUCUUAACAACUCAGAAUAUAGUGCCUUAUAGUCAAUUCACAAGUUGAAUUUACUAGGGGAAUUGAGAUUUACUAUCGAGCAUUAUGUAUAUCGUAAGUAUUGAUAUUUUUUUCAAAUUGUUCAAUAUGAACAUUAAUCAAAAGUGAAUUUACAAAGUAAUGGUCUAUUAAAUGUGUACAUCAGUUUCCCAAUUUCAAAGGAUGCUUUAAG